AUGGCAGAAUUGUGGGGAACCCUUAAAGGUUUGGAGAUAUGCUGGCAAUUGGGGUUUAGGAAGGUGGAACUAGAAGGAGAUGCUUCCGAAGUUUUCUCUAUUCUUGCAGAUUGCAAUGCAGCUUGUCAGCCGCGCAUCGUGGCUAAGAUACAAGCACUUAUUGCUCAGGACUGGGAGGUUACUCUAAUUCAUAUUCCUAGAGAUGCAAAUUCAUGUGUGGAUUGGUUAGCUAAGUCUACUCUUCAGAAAAGAUCUAGAUUUUGGCAUCAUCAAAUCAUGCCAAAUCAGCUUGCUCAUCUUUUUGAUCAAGAUCUCCAUGAGAUUAUUGAUCCGGGAUAG